AGUGACCUUCAGUUUCCUUUGAAAACGAUUUUGUUCAUGGCUAUCCGCGCUAGUCUUGUGGGUUUUUCAAGGUGAAACCGCCUUUCUCUCAAAGCCCUGAAACCUGUAUGUAACAAAACGGCUACAUCUGUUUUGGUCUGCUUGCGCAUAACAAGCAGAGCACCAAUUUCUUUGUGAUGGAAUCUGUCGCAAAAAUGAUUCUCCCGAAGCAGCUUCUUUGUGUAGCAAUAGCUACCAUGAUGCUUUCUCUUUCCCUCUCCGUCGGGAGAAGAGGGCCCUACGGGGUGGAGGCAGUUCGAUCUUUUCGGACGGCAGAGCAGGAUUACACAGACUACGACACGAACGACACAUUGGGCAACGCUGAGGAAACAAUUCUCAGUAGUGGCCGGAAAUACGACUCUGCUGAAUCUGCGAAGAAAGAUGCGCACGAAAACAUGUCUUCAUUUGUCGAGCAAGCAGGAGGUGGAAAGCAUGCGGCGAAGGACAGUGACAGUUUAAUCACUGCGGCUGCAAGAAUAGCUCAGCUAAACCCUGAGGAGACCUUGGGAAGGUGGCACGCGGAGCAAGCGCGGGGGACACAAGUUGAAGAUUUCCUUGAUAAUCUUCUUGGGACAAAAAACGUAAAAGUUUCUGAAGAAGAGCAGGAAAGGAUCAAACCCUUUGCUGAGCAGGAGCAUCUGGACCUCGAGCAGACACUUGCUUUGUGGAAAAAAUUCAAAAAAGACAACCAUUCCGUGGAAAGCUUCAUUGGGCACGUCAAGAGUCCGCAUUUGCGUCCAGACAAAAAACAUGCGGCUGGAGGAGCGCACAAGAAAAUCUCAGAUGGGAAGGAGUCAAGCACGGAGAGCAAAAGCUGGGGAGAAGCAAUUGGUGACGCUGUAGACUACGCUGGAGACAAGGUUGCUGAAGGAUGGAAUGCACUGGCUGCAAGAUUUACGAGUCCAGAAAGCCACCAGGCGGCUUCAGAGGCAGCAUCACAAGCAGCCGCAGAAAGGGGCGACGUGGACGCUGUUUCUGAGACAGCGCAUCUGAAUACGACAAAACCAGGAAAACAGGCGAAGGCUGACGGAACCAUGAAGCUUUCGUGCAACUGCACUACUGUGCAGGCUAAGCCUCAUCACUAAAACGGCGUGCUGGGUCGUUGUCCCUUUUCACGUGGCUCACCACGAAGGUAGAGCAGCCUGCUCAGGAGUUUCGAAGAAAGCUUAUAUCCAAGCAAGCCGUUGCAGCGUGAGGUGAUUUUGGUAAUUGGAACCGCUAUGAGUGAAACUGA